GUUAUCGUKUUCUCACAAAGAUGUGUGAGCAACGGUGUGGGACGAUGAAUUGAACACUACUUUGGUAAACCAUACACUGAGGCAAUGGCAAUCAACAAGAGCACAGUGUUUGCUCUGUUGUUCCUGCUUUUAUUGCUGUCAACAGAAACAAACUUAGUCAAAAUUCAUCGUGCUUCCCCACGAACGAAGACCAAGUUGACGCAAGAGAACAAUGGAUGGUUUGCGAUGUGUCGAUUUCUUCCCGACUUUUCAAGCCUUUUCUCGAAGAACAAAGAAGCGUGGCUUUACUCAAUUCCUUGUACAAUCCUUGUUGGUUUAUGYGGAGUAUUUCCACUUYUAGUCAUCCCMGUAGAAUCGGGACAUGCAUUGAGAGAAGGCGUGACAGCAGACCACCUGAAAUUGCUAUUAUCCUUUGCUGUUGGAGGGUUGCUAGGAGAUGUAUUUUUACAUUUAUUACCAGAGGCMUGGUCUAAAACAAAUGAUCCUCAUUCAGUCAACUUCUCUGUUGGAUUGUGGGUACUUGCUGGAAUCAUACUUUUCUUAAUUCUGGAGAAAAUGUUUGAUGAUGAAAAGGAAUCAAAAGAGGAAAAAGAAGACACAAAAUGUGAAACGGUUCAAAAUGGAAUUUCACAUGAAAAUGGAAUAACAAAAAAUGGCAAACUCAAUGGGCAUAUACAGAUGGAUACAAGUUCAAGCAUACGAAAAAGACAUGCAAAGUCCACAGAAGAAACAAAAAAUGAAGUAUCUUGUAAGAAUGAGCAACAUGAACCUGAUCACAAGGUCRUAGGUUACUUAAACCUGUUUGCAAAUAUUAUUGAUAAUUUCACUCAUGGUCUUGCUGUGGCUGGGAGUUUUCUAGUUAGUAAAAGAGUUGGCUUAUGUACAACAUUUGCAAUAUUACUUCAUGAAAUUCCUCACGAGAUUGGYGAUUUUGCAAUCCUUAUCAAGUCAGGGUUCAAUAAAAAAGAUGCUGCAGUUGGCCAGAUUGUAACAGCAUCAGGAGGGCUGUUAGGYGCUAUAGUGGGACUUAUAGCUGAUCAUGCAGGUGAUCAGACGGCUUGGAUACUUCCCUUCAGUUCAGGAGGAUUUAUCUAUAUUGCCAUGGUAACCAUAAUUCCUGAACUAUUAGAAGAGAAGAGACCAAGGGAGUCAAUUAAACAGAUUGUGAUGAUGUUAGCUGGUAUUGCGUCAAUGGCACUGGUAUCGCUUAUCCACUAGUAGAAAUAAUAAUAAUCUUAGAAAUUAAUAAUCUAAAUAAUUGCCACAAGUGAUUGCACAUACAUUAUCUAUUAGGCAAGUAGUACUAAUAAUUAGUGAUAAACAUAAUUAGUGUUUAUACAGUACCAUUAUGCUUCAUGGAUUAAGUGCAUGCAGUUUACUUGACAGCAAUUUGUGUAUUAUAGUAUAAAUUAUAACUUAACAGGGAUCAGGGAUAAUAAGAGCAGAAAGCAGGAUUUUCCUGGAUGAUAUUGUAAUGAAAACAAGAUAUGGUAAACAAUAUUGUGUAAAGUUCACAUUCAAGAUUUGUCUAGUUUUUGAAGAUUGAAAGGCAUUAUUGCCACAUUAGAUAUUGUGCACUAUUUCUAGUUUUCCUUAUAAAUUAAUGACCAUAAAAGAAUAUUAUGUUACCUUUAGUGUGACAGUGAGAUAUGACAGACAGAAGAGCAUUCUGUUAAAACUAACCAAUAAUGGGGAAAAUAGGAAGAAUUUUCAAACAAAAUUAAAAUAGAAUAAUGGACUAAUUAAAUUAAAUUUGGGUAAAUUGAAAUUAUAAUUUUAGCUUCUAAAUGAGCUAUGGCUCUAUUUUGUGUUCUACAGAAGAGUUCCAUAAACUAAAUAGAGCACUUUAGUACAGAAGUGGUUAUCAAACAGGUUGUGACAUCAUGUGCACACAUCAUAUUACAUACACCAUAUACUUCACUAAUGUCCAUAUUUUAUAAACUGCUAUAUUUUAUAAUUAAAGUAGAUUAUUUUUAUACCUUCUUUCACAACCUUUUUGGCAACCAUUUAUAACAAGCUGUGAUGACUGCUUCAACACAAUUGUCUUAUACUAUAAAUUCAAUAUAAAUGUCACACMUUGUCAUGAAGAUAAAUGAAUGACUGUUGAAAAUAAAUAAAUUACUCCAAAUCAA